AUGCAGCCUCUCCCCCCCAUAGCACCUUAUGAGUCGACUCAGGUGACACCUUGCAGUCUGUCCCUCCCCCCCAUAGCACCUGCUGCUAUCACCUCCGCCGAUGUAGCCGCUUCUGCCCUCAUUGCUGCCGGUGCUGCUGCCCACAAUGCUGCUGGCGUUGCAGUCCUCACUCCCUUUGCCUCUCCAACCACCAUCUUCCACAGUACUGCCAGAUUUCCUCGAUCCAAUCACUCAAAGCGGGGCAAGUUUAAAGCCUCGGAUGACGAUGCCUCUGGGAGAGGAACGAUUCACAGCACUGGGAAUGGUGGUGCUGGCAGCAUUGGUGGAGAUGUCUUGAUGCAGGAAGUCACAGCGGGAGGCUUUGGGGCUGUCUACAGUAGCGGUGGUGCGGAUCAUUCUAUAGUGGAUCGUUCUAUAGCGGAUCACUCUAUAGCGGAUCAUUCUAUAGCGGAGCACUCUAAUGUGAAACAGCCUAGCGAGGAGCAGCGGCCUAGUUCGGGCCAGCCUAUUCUGGACAGGCCUAGUGCGGAACAGCCUAGUUCGGACCAGCCUAGUCUGGACAAAAUGAGUGCAGACCUGUCCGUUUUGGAAAACCCCGGUGUCGACGAGCUGUGCGCUUCCCAGCAUCACUUCAUGGCAGGUUUGGACCUUCGUCUACCUGACCGCUCAGCGGAUUGGUUGCCUUUAGAAGAUGAAGACAGACACCCCACUGCAGCUGCUGCCGGGGACCUCGCCACCCCGUUCUCUCACAUCGACAGGACAGCAUGUUUCAGUUUUGAGAAUUAUGCCUGUUCCGUCCCCUUUAUGGAGCUUUUGAAAGCAGCAGGAGUGGGAUUGGACGUUGGGGGAGAGGCUGUGGAUGCGGCAGGUCCUGCAGAGCUCGAAGCGGCAGCUAAGAUGGAGACGGCGGGGAGGAAGGCUGGUGGUGAGAGUAGUGGCCCGGGAAUGCUGAAGGAUGGGGCGUCCCUAGGAACGGCUGGAGGGGGCAAGUGUAGUAGCUCUAGAGGGAAAGGGAAAGAAGCAGCACGUGAUGAAGAUGCUGCAAAAGGGAGAUGGGUGGUCGUGGACGUGUCCGAGAUGAAUUUGUUCGGUGAGGGAACAAGUAUGUCAGUGUCAGCGGCUGCUACAGAAACAUAUGAGGAGGAGGAGGAGGAGGAGGAGGAGGAGGAGGAGAAGGAGGACGAGGAGGACGAGGAGGAGGAGGAGGAGGAGGAGGAGGAGGAGGAGGAGGAGGAGGAGGAGGAGGAAGAGGAAGAACAGCAGCAGCAGCAGCAGCAAGAGUAA